AUGAUUAUCCAACUUCCUUAAAAGUAUACUCUAAACCUAAUUGGAGAUAUCCUCUCAAAUCAAGUCACCCUUGAAUUUGAUGAACAACAAGUGCAAUAAUCCAGAGAAUCCUUCCUAACAUUCAUCCAGAACACACAACAACAAUUAUAUGGUUUCAACACUUUGCUAGGAUAGAAAAUGCCUUAACCAAUUAAGGAUCUCCAAAAUUAUGAAACCAAACAAUUAAAGCAGCUAUUAGAAUGCACUUCUGCAGAUUAAUUGCAAUAAGAUCUAUGUAAAAUCACACUGUUUGUGCUUAUUAAUAAUUUGAUCGUGAAUAGUGGAGUCAGUCUAGACACCCUAAGAUAACUCAAAGAACUCUUUAAUAAUAAAACGGAAUUACACUUACCAUCAUCUAAUUUUAACACAUAAUAUUAUGAUGCCAGUGUCAAUUGGUCUAUUUUGCAAGUCCUCAAAAACAUAAACGAAUACGACACAAUCAUCAUCACAUUGACUAAGUCUCUCUCAUUUGCUACUCUCUUGUACAAUACACACAGAAGUUUGAAGUGUAUUAAAAUGGCCUUCAUUAUAACUUCCAUAUCUUUUGAAGCCACCAAUGGAGUUAUCUGUGCAUUCACAUAAUUGGUGAAUGAAGUCAAAUAACAUCAAGGCCAAAUUGAAGUGGCUUAAGAAUUGUAUAAUCUAUUGACUGUGGAUGAUGAAGAAUCAGAUUUAAAUUUAAGUUUAAAGAGAAUCACUCAUAACAUUCUCCAAGACGCUUAUUCAACAAGAUGUAUUCCAUAAGUCAUUGGAGCGGCAUUAGAUUAAAUUAAAUUUAUUAUCAAUAAAAUUGAAUCCCAGGAAAUAGGUUAAAGAGCAUAUGAAUUUGAAUUUGAUAACAAUUCUAAAAAAAUUUAAGAUAUCCUCUACAAUGAAUAAAACAAUAAUGAAACAGAAUUACUAUUAAUUGAUUAUUUGGCCAUUGCUGUCUCUGAAAUCGGAGCUAUUACUGAGAGAAGAAUUCAAAGAUUGAUGAAUCCAAAAUUAACUAAAUUAUAGGAGUAUUAUGAAGAAUAUCUAAAAGAUGAGCAAUCCUUAUUUGGCUUUCAAAAUCUGGCCAAUUAAGCCAGCAACUUAAUAUAGAAAAAUAAGAAGUACUGUCAUCCUGUAUCUGGUGAUUCUAUGCCUCAAACAACUCAUUUAGAGGAUAUUAAUAAUAACUUUGAAGAUUCAAUACUGAAAAUGAGACAUAUCACUAAUAACACAAUUUAAAUAUUGGCCAUUGAUAUGUUUUUGAGUGCAAGAAUUAUCAAGAAAUUGGAAUAGAAGGAGGGCAAAUUGAUCCAUGCCAAGUUAGAUGCCAUAGUUUAAAAGGUGUUGCCUAUAGAGAAUGUCAUUUAAGUUGCUUAAUGGUUGGAAUAAUUUAUAUAAUUGUGA